AGUACCAGGCACUCCUGCUCAGCUGAGCAAAAUGUCUUUCUCCUAGAAGUGGGUGCUCAUCUCAGCCUUCAGAUCCCUGACGAUGUUGCCAUGCUUUCCUUCCUGCCUCCUGCUUUUUGCUGGCUUUGCCUGCCUGCUUUUUCUGCCUGGGGCUCACCUCUGCCCUGCUGUCUGUAGCUGUAUGGACUACCACACCAUAGACUGCCGGGAUCAAGGACUGCCCAGUGUUCCCAACCCCUUUCCUUUGGAUGUACGGAAACUUCUCAUAGCUGACAACAACAUUCAGGCAAUACCAGCUGACUUCUUUAUAUUUUAUGGAGAUCUAGUCUAUUUGGACUUCAGGAAUAACUCCCUCACCUCUUUAGAAGAGGGCACUUUUAGCAGUUCUACCAAACUGGUGUACUUAGACUUAAGCUACAAUAAUUUAACACAGCUCGACGCUGGGAUAUUCAAAUCAGCAGAGAAACUGUUAAAACUGAGCCUUGGAAACAACAACCUGGUGGAUGUGGACGAGGCUGCUUUUGAGAACCUGGAGCAGCUCCAAGUGCUAGAACUGAAUGACAACAACUUGCAGAGCCUGAGCGUGGCCACCCUGGAAGCGCUGCCCUCGCUGCGCACCAUCCGCUUGGAGGGCAACCCCUGGGUCUGCGACUGUGACUUUGCCAACCUGUUCAGCUGGAUCCAGGACAAUGCAUCCAAGCUGCAGAAAGGUCUCCAUGAAAUCCAGUGUUCCCUGCCCGUGGAGAACAGAAGGAUCUUUCUGAAUGAGUUGUCUGAGGUCAGCUUCAGUGAAUGCAAAUUCAGUUUGUCAUUGACAGACCUUUUUAUCAUCAUCUUUUCUGGAGUGGCCGUGUCCAUUGCUGCAAUUCUCUCCAGCUUCUUCCUGGCCACCCUGGUGCACUGCUUCCAGAGGUGUGCUCCCAGCAAGGAUGAUGAUGAUGAUGAAGAUGACAGCGAGGACUGAACUUAGUCAAAAUCCUUAAUUUCCCUUGGUUUAUCAGUUACCAGAUCAUCAGCCAAAGUCUAUGAGGAAAAAAAGUAGAGUGAAAGCUUUAAACAUGACUUAAACUCAUAAUGUGUAAGGAUCCCUUCUAGCCACAGGCUAGACCUGAGACUGUCAGCUCUGCUUGCACACGUACCCUGCUGCAAUCAGACUGGGUUAAUUUCCAUGGUCCUUAAUCAAACACUGCAUUUAAACUUGAAGAUUGAAGGAAAAAGGGGGGAAAAGCAAAAAAAAAAAAAGUUCCAGUGUUUUAAAAGAUGAGUUUCCAGAUUGUCCUGUUGAGAUGCAGAUUCUUAUAAGUGCUUGAAGCUUGUUUUAGAUACACGUUGAAAACAACUGGAUGAAUGGAGGUGUUUCAGGUUGAAAAUACAGAGGCUAUUCAAAACAGUAUCCUUCCUAGAUCUAACUGCUGGGAGAUUCUAUUCACACUCACACAAAAUGCAAUCAAAAUGAUCCCUAGACUUGUAGAAAGCAUGAGAGGAAGGUCAGCAUUUUCCCCCUAGAAAAGUUCGCCAGAAACAUCCGUCUUUCAUUUAAUGACAGCAAUUACAGGCACCAUUCAGAAAAAAAAAUAAAAAGAAAAAACCUGCAAGUGAAUAUGAUUCUGAGUCAUCCACUGCAGAUGCCUGGCACUUCUUCGGUCAUGGCACAAAUACUAAAUAUAACAUCCUUUUGCAUUUUUAGAUGCAGUGAAGUGAAGGAUUUCCCUCCCUGUGUUGCUCGGCACCAGUAACUGUUGCAGCAUCCAGUCCAUUUAGCUAUUUUAAAGCACUAAGGGCUAUAUUCUGCUCCUGGUUAUACUGGAAUAACCCAAAUGAGAUCAACAUCACGAUCCAAAUUGGCAACUGUAUAAACAAAAGUGAAAUCUGGCCCAAUGUAUUUCUGACUGUAUUAUAGAUUUGUCAAAACUUGAGCUCUUCUAUAUGAUGGUUGAUAUUUUUGUUAAAAUUUAAAAAGACAUUUAUUACAAGAGAUUUUUGGA